GACCGAAAGUCCACUAAACGUACCCGGUUAGCUGCCCAAACUCCCGGCGGGCAGGAUCAAACUCCGAGUGCUCAAAAUCUCAGCUUUCUCCUCCUCUUUACAUUCCCAACCCCCCAUCAUCCACUCUCUGCACCACCAUCCCAUUGCCGCUCCCUCCGCCCUGCCGGGUGGCGCGUCAAGAAAUCAUCUCAGCACUUCACCUAAAUGCUGUGAGCUGAAGGCUUUGGCGGCGAUGGGGCAGAGAUUGAGCUGCAGAGAAACCCAUGAACAUGGGUUCUUCACAGCCGUCCAAAAUGGGGAGCUUGAAACAGUUGAGGCCAUGGUUGAUGAGGACCCGAGUGUGCUAAGGUUCACCGCUGUUCAUGGGAAGCUCUCUGCAUUGCAUGUGGCAGCAGCCAAUGGGCAGAUCGAGAUUCUCUGUAUGCUUUUGGAUAAGGGUUUAAAUCCAGACAUCUUGAAUCGCCACAAACAGACCCCAUUGAUGCUAGCUGCUAUUCAUGGAAAGCUUUCCUGUGUGGAAAGGCUACUCCAGGCAGGAGCAAAUAUUUUAAUGUUUGAUUCACUACAUGGAAGAACCUGUUUGCAUUAUGCUGCAUACUAUGGCCACUCUGAUUGCCUGCAAUCUAUCCUCUCUGCUGCACAUUCUGCCCACGUGGCACAAUCCUGGGGAUUUGCACGAUAUGUCAACACGAGGGAUGGAAGUGGUGCAACCUCCCUGCACUUAGCAGCCCGACACAGAAGGCCAGAAUGUGUUCGUCUUUUGCUAAGCAACGAAGCUCUUGUGUGUGCUUCAACCGGUGGAUAUGGCUACCCAGGAUGCACGCCUCUUCAUUUGGCAGCUCGGGCAGGUUCCUUGGACUGUGUUCGAGAAUUACUUGCUUGGGGUGCAGAUAGACUUCAGAGAGACGCCUCAGGGAGACUGCCUUACAUGAUUGCACUGAAGCAUAAGCAUGAAGCGUGUGCUGCUUUGCUGAAUCCUUCGUCUCCAGAGCCAUUGACAUGGCCUUCGCCCCUGAAGCUCAUCACUGAGCUUGAUGCCGAAGCAAAAGGGUUACUAGAGAAGGCCUUGAUUGAUGCCAAUAAGGAACGAGAAAAGAAAAUUUUGAAGGAGACAAGCUACGCUUCACCUUUGCAUUGUGAUUCGGACAAUGAGGACUUCGAGGUCAGCGAUUUGGACCUAUGCUGCAUCUGCUUUGAGCAGGCGUGUACUAUAGAGAUACAAAAAUGCGGGCACCAAAUGUGUGCACAUUGUACUCUAGCUUUGUGUUGCCACAACAAACCUAAUCCGACCAAGAAGUGCGACAAAGUUCCCACAUGUCCCUUUUGCCGGAGCAGCAUUACUCAGCUAGUCAUUGCCAAGAACAAGACCGAAAACAAAUUAGAAGAAUUGAGCCCAUCUAGGUCAAGAAUGUCAAGAACGUCAUUCAACCUAGCUGAGGAUGGUUGCGGUGGCAGCAGUAGCAGCAGCAACACCUUCAAGGUUUUGUCACCUUUGGCCUCGUUUGCUAAGCUUGGCGGCCGCAGUUCAGGUAAGGUGACUAUCGAUUGCAUUGAGGGAUUCAAUAAGCCAUAACAUCGGGUUAUUCCCUUUGCAUCCCCGCCUUUUUGGAAUCUGGUCAGUCCUACCUGGUAUGCAUUCAACAAAUCGGGAUCCUAAUGGAACCUCAACUAUUGAUAUAUGCAUCAAGUAGGAGUAUCUAUAUCCUAAGAUGCCCCUCAAGCAAGAGAAUAUAUAUAUAUAUACAUGUAUUUGGCCUAAAUCCAACCAAGAAAAUAUGAGUAUGGAAAGGCCUAUUAGCUAUUUAUCUGUCACCUAUAUUUUUUCCUCUGAAGAGAUGUAUUAUUUGAACUGCUUCAAUGGAAGCCCCACUAAUAUAUGCAUCAAAAUUUCAGCCAAAAAAAAAGAGAAAAUUAUGUGAGAUUA